CUGUCGGCCCAGGCGGUUCGCCUUCAUGAGGGCAUUGGAACCGGUCGUGGCUGGACCGACCCUGCGGGUCGUCUUCGCUCCCUGCCUCACGGCACUCGUCUCCCCGCGCCUCCUCCUCUCACCGAGGAGAUGCUCGCCCGCGCUCGCGCGCCCGCCAACCCGGGCUACCCCUCCCGCGGCUCCCCUUCCCCUCCCCGCCGUCGUCAGACCCUGGAGGAGAUCCACGAGGAGCACCGCGCCUGGCGCUGA